UGCACAAAGAGCAAAAACAACUUCACCUGCAAUAAGAAUUUCUCCCUCAGUUUCGAGUGAUUUAUGGGCAGAUGAUAAAGUAAGAGGAGUUGUGGGAAGAGCGAUCAGAAUCGAUUGUCACUAUGCACCAAUGUACCGUUCACACACAAAGUAUUUCUGCCGCAUAAGGAGUCACCAGUGCACAUCCUUAGUGAAUACAAAUGGGCAAACUGAGCAGACUGGAAGAAUGACAAUCAGAGAUAAGACAUCCCAAGGAAUAUUUACUGUUACAAUGGAGAAUCUUGUCUUUCAAGAUACAGGAGUUUACAGAUGUGGAAUUUCAACAUCUGGCAAGACUCUGGUGAUUGAUGUGCAGCUACAAGUAUAUGACGAACCCGUGUCUGUUCCAUUACUUCGAUUUUCACCACUAACAAGAGGCUCAAGUUGUGGGAACUAUGUGUCAGCGUUCUGUGAGCCUGUGCAUGGAUCCCUUCCCAUUCUGUACUCAUGGUACGAAAAGACCCCAUCUGGGGAUUCAAAGAUCUCUGAUACCAAUAAACUGGAUCUACAUUGUCAAUCCUUAAAAUACAAUAACUAUCUGUAUUAUUGCAAUGCCUCAAAUGCGAAUGGAACAAAGUCCAGUGAAAUGAUCAGAAUGUCCACUUCCAACAAUGUCAGGAACUGCAGAUAUGUGAUUGAAGUCAACAGAAUGGCAGGGAGAAUUCAUUUCUGUGAAAACACUGUGACAGAAUCGAUGACAACUGCACAAAGAGAAAAAACUACUUCACCUGAAAUAAGAAUUUCUCCAUCAGUUUCGAGUGAUUUAUGGGCAGAAGAUAAAGUAAGAGGAGUUGUGGGAAGAGCGAUCAGAAUCGAUUGUCACUAUGCACCAAUGUACCGUUCAUUCACAAAGUAUUUCUGCCGCAUAAGGAGUCACCAGUGCACAUCGUUAGUGAAUACAAAUGGGCAAACUGAGCAGACUGGAAGAAUGACAAUCAGAGAUAAGACAUCCCAAGGAAUAUUUACUGUUACAAUGGAGAAUCUUGUCUUUCAAGAUGCAGGAGUUUACAGAUGUGGAAUUGCAACAUCUGGCAAGACUCUGGUGUUUGAUGUGCAGCUACAAGUAUCUGACGAACCCGUGUCUGUUCCAUUACUUCGAUUUUCACCACUAACAAGAGGCUCAAGUUGUGGGAACUAUGUGUCAGUGUUCUGUGAGCCUGUGCAUGGAUCCCUUCCCAUUCAGUACUCAUGGUACGAAAAGACCCCAUCUGGGGAUUCAAAGAUCUCUGAUACCUUUAAACUGGAUCUACAUUGUCAAUCCUUAAAAGACAAUAACUAUCUGUAUUAUUGCAAUGUCUCAAAUGCGAAUGGAACAAAGUCCAGUGAAAUGAUCAGAAUGUCCACGUCCAACAAUGUCAGGAACUGCAGAUAUGUGAUUGAAGUCAACAGAAUGGGGAAAAUUAAUUUCUGUGAAAACACUGUGACAGAAUCGAUGACAACUGCACCAAGGGAAAAAACUACUUCACCUGAAAUAAGAAUUUCUUCCUCAGUUUCGGGUGACUUAUGGGCAGAAGAUAAAGUAAGAGGAGUUGUGGGAAGAGCGAUCAGAAUCGAUUGUCACUAUGCACCAAUAUACCGUUCACACACAAAGUAUUUCUGCCGCAUGCAGAGUCACCAGUGCACAUCCUUAGUGAAUACAAAUGGGCAAACUGAGCAGACUGGAAGAAUGACAAUCAGAGAUAAGACAUCCCAAGGAAUAUUUACUGUUACAAUGGAGAAUCUUGUCUUUCAAGAUACAGGAGUUUACAGAUGUGGAAUUGCAACAUCUGGCAAGACUCUGGUGUUUGAUGUGCAGCUACAAGUAUAUGACGAACCCGUGUCUGUUCCAUUACUUCGAUUUUCACCACUAACAAGAGGCUCAAGUUGUGGGAACUAUGUGUCAGCGUUCUGUGAGCCUGUGCAUGGAUCCCUUCCCAUUCAGUACUCAUGGUACGAAAAGACCCCAUCUGGGGAUUCAAAGAUCUCUGAUACCAAUAAACUGGAUCUACAUUGUCAAUCCUUAAAAUACAAUAACUAUCUGUAUUAUUGCAAUGUCUCAAAUGGGAAUGGAACAAAGUCCAGUGAAAUGAUCAGAAUGUCCACCUCCAACAAUGUCAGGAACUGCAGAUAUGUGAUUGAAGUCAACAGAAUGGGGAAAAUUCAUUUCUGUGAAAACACUGUGACAGAAUCGAUGACAACUGCACAAAGAGAAAAAACUACUUCACCUGAAAUAAGAAUUUCUUCCUCAGUUUCGGGUGAUUUAUGGGCAGAUGAUAAAGUAAGAGGAGUUGUGGGAAGAGCGAUCAGAAUCGAUUGUCACUAUGCUCCAAUGUACCGUUCACACACAAAGUAUUUCUGCCGCAUGCGGAGUCACCAGUGCACAUCCUUAGUGAAUACAAAUGGGCAAACAGAGCAGACUGGAAGAAUUACAAUCAGAGAUAAGAUAUCCGAAGGAAUAUUUACUGUUACAAUGGAGAAUCUUGUCUCUCAAGAUACAGGAGUUUACAGAUGUGGAAUUGCAACUUCUGGCAAUACUCCAGUGUUUGAUGUGUAUCUACAAGUAUCUGACGAACCCGUGUCUGUUCCGUUUCUUCGAUUUUCACCACUAACAAGAGGCUCAAGUUGUGGGAACUAUGUGUCAGUGUUCUGCGAGUCUGUCAAUGGAUCCCUUCCCAUUCAGUACUCAUGGUACGAAAAGACCCCAUCUGGGGAUUCAAAGAUCUCUGAUACCAAUAAACUGGAUCUACAUUGUCAUUCCUUAAAAUACAAUAACUAUCUGUAUUAUUGCAAUGUCUCAAAUGGGAAUGGAACAAAGUCCAGUGAAAUGAUCAGAAUGUCCACCUCCAACAAUGUCAGGAACUGCAGAUAUGUGAUUGAAGUCAACAGAAUGGGGCAAAUUCAUUUCUGUGAAAAUACUGUGACAGAAUCAAUGACAACUGCACAAGGGAAAAAAGCAACUUCAUCUCAAAUAGGAGUUUUUCCUGCAGUUUCACGUGCUUUAUGGGCAGAAGAUAAAGUAAGAGGAGUUGUGGGAAGAAUGGUCACUAUUGAUUGUCACUAUGCACCAAUGUACCGUUCACACAUCAAGUGUUUGUGCCGCAUGCGGAGUUACCAAUGCGCAUCAUCAGUGAAUACAAAUGGGACAAAUGAGCUUUAUGGAAGAAUGACAAUCAGAGAUAACACAGCCCAAGGAAUAUUUACUAUUACUAUGGAGAAUCUUGUCCCUCAAGAUACAGGAGUUUACAGAUGUGGAAUUGCAACAUCUGGCAAGACUCUGGUGUUUGAUGUGCAGCUACAAGUAUCUGACGAACCGGUGUCUGUUCCUGUGCUUCAAUUUCUCCCUACUGCAAAUAUUGUGUGCGUUGGGGGCUCUGUGACAGUGUCCUGUGAGUCUGUCCAGGGAUCCCUUCCCAUUCAAUACACAUGGUAUGAAAACAUCUCAUCCGUGGAUUCAAAGAUCACUGAAAACAGUAAACUGGAUCUAUGUUGUCAAUCCUUCAAUCACCAGCACCUUCAAUAUUACUGCACAGCCUCGAAUACUUGUGGAGCAAAGUCUAGUGAAAUAGUGAAUGUGUCCACCUACACCAGAGGAGGCAAUUGCAGUCUUGUGAUUCAAUUCAAUGGCACUGGACAUGAAUAUUCAUGUGAAACAUUUACAACAGCAUCAACGGCAAGUUCCAUGAUGUGGAAGGUGGGUCGUUGGCUGCUCUUUGCCCUCCUGAUGAUCAGCAUUAUUUCAGUCACAUAGUUCACAAGAAAACUAAGAGACAGGAUAAAUCAGAUCCUCCUAGACAGGUCUAUAAGGUAAAGUGAAGGCUUCUGGAUCACACAGAUUGUGCCGGAAUUUUGGACCAAGAUCAAAUAUUCAUACUACUUCAGAAUUAGUGCAAAUUUAACAUUUGUGGAGAAUUAACCUCUCAUCAUUCAUUUUCAACUUCAUGAAGCUGAAGAAAUAAUGUUACCAUUGACUUUCUUUAACCAUUUCCAAAAUGUCACCCCCAUUGCUCUAAAUCAUAUGGCACCUUUUCACAAUUAAUUUUUUUUUCAUU